UGCAUUCUGUGAAAUCAAAUUUAGUCUACUGCAGUUCUCUCACCACGUGUUUCUCAACGAUUAGAUUAGGAAAUGGCGUCAGCUUUCGAAAACGAUUUCGUGACUUGCAGUAUUUGCAUCAAUGAGUACAAUGAAUAUACCAGGAAACCUAAAGUCUUGCCAUGUUCGCACACUGUUUGCCUUUCUUGCCUCCAGGGGAUAUUUCAGGACAAUGCCAUUGCAUGCCCCUACUGUCGUCAAAGUUUUAAAUUAAAUGGCCAUUUAGAUGUGGGAAGGCUACCUAACAACAAUCAUGCUCUUCACAUCCUGAAGUUGAAUAAAAAAAUUGCGGGAUUAACUCCAACAUGGCAAAACAUAGCAAAAAAAACAUGUGAUAAAUAUAUAAAGCCAUUGCGUCCUUGUUUUAAGUGCAAUGAAGAAGGCCAUAUGUCCUAUAAUUGUCCAACUGAUCCCAAUCGUGGAAGAGGUGGUGGAAGAGGCGGAAUCACACGUCCUUGCUUUAAAUGCAAUGAAGAAGGCCAUAUGUCCUAUAAUUGUCCAACUGGCCCGACUCGAGGAAGAGGUGGCGGAAGGGCUGGUGGCGGAAUCACACGUCCUUGCUUUAAAUGCAACCAAGACGGGCAUUUAUCUUACAAUUGUCCUUCAACUGGCGGAAGAGGUGCAAGAAAUUCUCUUGCAUCCAGUUACGGUGCACCUAGUUCCAACACUGUUCUGUCGGCUUUUGACGAUAAGGGAACAAUUACAGUCACGCCAGAUACAAAACCAUCGAGUUUUGACUCUGGUGAAAAGAAGAAUGAUAUGGGAUCAGCUUCAGACAAAGCCAGCAGUCCAUGGGUAACCGGUGUCAACACUGCUUCAAGAGGUGCGAGAAAUACUCCGACAUCCAGCUAUAAUGCACGUAUUGUUAACAGUCAACCUGUAUUGGAUUAUUUGGGUAUCGCGAGCAAUUCAUCUGCUGCAACGCCUGCUACAGCAAUUGCUAGUAGUUGUACAAUUGCUGGUAUUCCUGCGACCGAUGAUUGGGGAUCAGCUAAUGCUAAUGCCAGUAAACGUGGUUCAGUUUCAAACGCAAACACAUUGAGGAUGAUCCCUUCAUUGGAUAAACGGUGUGAUUCUAGACCAGGAGAAGGGAGUGAUCGAAAUAUUAUGACGCGCAACCAAGAGAUUAGUCUAUCGGACCCGAAAAGAAAUUUUUGGAAUGGGACAUUCAUUCACGGAGGCUGGAGUUUCAAGGCCGGCUUGGAUAGUCUGGUCGACGACACUCGUUCUGUUCUUGCUGACUUGGAAAUGCCCAAAUCAAUAAAAGUUGUGGGCACUGUCGAACCCGAAAAAGUUUGGGCUUACUUGCGGAAAAAGAGAGAAACGAACCAAACGAUUGCCGAACACAUUGUUGUUUUCCAAAUUACUCCAGCAGCUACAUCUGCUGAUAUUGAAGGCUACAAGUUCUUCUACGAUGAACUAAACUUCCUGGACAUGUUUGCCAUUAUUGCUGGCGCUCAAGAUUCAAAACUACCUUUGAGGUUUAAAGCCUUUUAUGUGGUUCCUUUGGGCAAAGAGAGUCCGUUGCCUUUCGAAUUACCGUUCUACGUUAAACCAUCUUUUCAGGAAAACCGCAAUUCAGAUUACCUGAUAGGCGUUGUGGUGGUACAAGCUCCGCCUGCUGUAGACCAACCCAUGUCUAAUGCUUCAUUGCCAAGACAAAAUGCAGUUGGGGCUACCCAAAGCGAUGCAGAAUCGGAAAACAUCAAAAAUCAAGAAACUCAAAAUUCAGAAAAUGUUUCGUGCCCCGUCAAAGCCAAAAUUCAGUCAAACUCAUCCCAACUGAAAUCUUCCUUGUCAAGGCCCACGUCUGUUGUCAAAUCAAUUUCAGUACUUUCAUCUUCGGCGAUAGCGGAAUCGAAAGAAGAAAAGACGCCUAUCGAAACCACACCCGCUACCAAUAAACCACCCUUCAAUCAAGGACAGCCUAUUGUCGAUGGAGAGAUGUUAACGCAAAAACAAAUAUUCGAGGAGCUGAACCGUCAAGUUGGAGUUUAUAAUAUAAAACACGGAAAGUUGACAGAAGCGACAAGGUCUGUUUCGCCGAUUGCAUCAUCCAGCCUUGAGUCUUCAAGUAGUCCAUCUACUCGAUUGAAACAAAAAAGGACAUCAGUACAGGAAGAAAGUUGUGCAUCUAAACGGUUCAAAAACGUGGUCUCAUCCAAGGAGCCGAAUAUUUCCUUAACGUCCAAAGAGAAGGGAAAAUCGGAAACUGAAGGUGUGCAGCAAAAGGCCCACAUCAGUUCGAGAAAGAGUAGAAGCCCGAGUACGUUUGACAGAAGACUAUGUUUUGUGGACGGGUGCAGUAGUGAUGCGCUAACAAACAGUGUUUACUGUGCUAACCAUGUGCGAGAUUCACUCCACGCAAUGAGUGAGAAGUCGUCUCAGUUACAAGAACCGCAAAGCCACAUUAAUUCGUUGACACCUCCCAGCACCUCUUCUGAUCAGCCGUGGAAAGAUUCGGUCGACUUCAUCCUGUUGGUUAAUCAAAAGACGGGCAAAGUUCUAUGUGACUAUUCUGCUCCUAAUGUAUGUAAUGUGGAGCAAAAGCUCAAAGACAAUUCUACGUAUGUAAUUGUGAAACACAAAUCUCAACCGACAAUUCCAGCAACGGCUUCAUCAUCAAAAGUUGAUGGUUCGAAGACAUCGUCAAUGUCAAUUAAAGUCCUCGAAGCCUAAAGCGGAAAGCCUAUGAUUUCUCACUGACCGACGUAUUUUUAAAGGAUCCCAUUUCUACAGCGGAACGCGAAGAACAUUAGCAGUUGGCUGGUGUAAUGGAAAUAAAGAAAUUUUUUUUUUAGUAAACAGUAAAUUAAUUCUCCGCCCAAUUUAUCUUAAGCUGUUGAUCUUGAAUGUAACAAUUGUGAAAGUUGGUGCGCUAACUUGUUGUUUUCUGUUUUGUGUUGAUGUCGAAACAUUGUAAGGUUAAGGUUUAUUCUAAUUAUCCAGACUGUGUUAUUUUACUCAUACUUGUUUGAAAGCAGAGAAAAAACCUAGAAAUGCUUCAUGCACCAUUUUACGUUCACAAUUCCCGUACUACAUCCAUUUCGUUUUAAACUCUUUUUUAUUUAUCGUCAACCGUGUCUUCAUUUCUCUUCGAGUGACAUGAGUGAAGAAAUGGGGAAAAUAAAUCAGAAAAUAAAUUCUAAAUCUCAUCGUUAAGAAUGAACAGUAAUUCCUUUUUCCCAUUUAACGAAAGAAUCAACACUAAAACUGAUUUCAUAAUUUUUGUGCGUUCCCGCUGUUCCGUAAUUAGAUGUUGUUCUUCGCCGUGUGUGGCGCCACUAACGGUUGUGUAUCAUUCUGCCAUGCAUUGGGAGCAUUGCAUUCUGCAAAAUCAAAUUUAGCCUACUGUAGUUCUCUCAACACGUGUUUCUUAACGAUUAGAUUAGAUUUGUGUUCGUAAACAUAACUUUUAAUUAGCCAGCGAUAUCUUUUUCAAAAUAACGCACAUUUGCAGUGGGAAAUGGCGUCAGCUAUCGAAGACGAAUUCGUGACUUGCAGUAUUUGCAUGAGUGAAUACAAUGAAGAUUCCAGGAAGCCAAAAGUCUUACCUUGUUCUCACACUGUUUGCCUUACUUGCCUCCAGGGGAUAUUUCGCAACAAUGCCAUUGCAUGCCCCUACUGUCGCCAAAGUUCAAAAGUUGGUGGCCAUUUAGAUGUUCGAAAACUUCCUAUUAACUCUCAUGCUCUUCACAUCCUGAAGUUGAAUCAACAAAUAGUUGAAUUAACUACAUUGGAAGAUACAUGUGAUAAAUAUUGGUGCUUCACUUGCGGUUUCAUGGCAAAAACUGAUUGUGCCACCUCCAAACAUUCCACCCUGUAUCUGUCGGCAGACACAGUCAAUAAUUUAGAUGCCUUUGUUGAACUCAGAGAAGAAUUCCAUGCAAAGAAAACAAAGGAAAAGAUCAAUUUGACUGUAGGACUUGAAAUGAGAAAAUACAUUCAAAGUUACCUGAAUGAGCUGUCACAAUCUGUGGAGGCUGCCAAGAAACAAAUUGAAGAGCUCCAGAAUGAAAAUAACCUUUGCAUGGAUGAAAUCGUUUCCAAAUUGGAUGGCCUUCUUCAAAUAAGCGAAAAAGAUCCACAGAACAAAACUACAGAACUCUUCCUCGCUGAAGUAGCUUCAUGUUUGGAUGAUUCAACGCCAGAAGAAAUGGUAGACAAGCUGAAAGUCGAGUUAGACAAGUCUUUGGAGACGUGCCAGCAAAGUCUCAAAGAGACGGCGUCUCUCUCGUGUCAAUAUGAACAAUGGAUGAAAAAGAAAAUAGCCAUCAAGAUCUUUGAUUUGGAUGGGCGCCAAAAUACGAUUUGUCCUCUUCUCGAUCAAGGUUUCCAGUUGCUGACCGGAAACGGUUCAGAUGGUAUCUCCAAAAUUAACGAUCCGCUUGUACGUCAAGAUCUGAUUUUACUCUCGCACGUCGUGUCUUCUUUAAUGUCUCGAUGUCAACUCGGAAAGGACGACAAAAUGGAGGCGAAAAACUGCUCGAUUUUGUGAUUGACUUCCUUCAAGGAUAAAAGAAAUUUCCCCCAGAAUUCAGAUAUGGAAGAAAACAUUUUUCGGACGACAGUUGCAUUUUUUUGGUUACCCCAAAGUUCAAGAAAUUAGAUGUAUUGCAAUUUAAUUUGUGUUGAUCGUUUACCGUAAGUUAUAAACUUAUAAUCAAUUUAAAAUGCUGCGAUUUUCUCACACACACCACCUUCGUUUCCGUCUGAUAUCAUAUCAUCAUAAUAGGUACACUUUUCAAUGCAUCAAAACAUUUAGAAGCUUUUACUAACCUUUGUUCAUCGCCUAGGUUUCUUUCAGCCGUUGUAGUCAUUCUUUUUCAACAAAGAUUUUAAUCGGG